AUGUACUUGACUUGCACAGAGCACCCUUCGUCCGGAGAGCGGCCCGGAGGCCCGAGACGACGGCGGCCCCGUCCCAGGCCUCCGCGACCCCGAGCUCGGAAGCGGCCUGCCGGCUCGGGCAGCCGCGGGGAGGAAGAGGAGGAGGAGGAGGAGGAGGGGGGCGCAGACGACGGGGAGGCCGAGGAGGAGCCUGAGGAAGAGGAAGAAGAGGAGGAGGACUUGAUCGAUGGCUUCGCCAUCGCCAGCUUCGCCAGCCUUGAGGCCUUGCAGAAGGAUGCAUCUCUUCAGCCUCCAGAGCGACUGGAACAUCGGCUGAAGCAUUCUGGGAAGCGGAAGAGGGGGGGUUCCAGUGGGGCCACUGGGGAGCCAGGGGACAGCUCUGAUCGGGAGCCUGGCCGGCCCUCUGGGGAUCGGGCCCGAAAAUGGCCCAAUAAGCGGAGAAGGAAAGAGGCCUCCUCCCGUCAUUCUCUGGAAGCUGGAUACAUAUGUGAUGCAGAAAGCGAUCUGGACGAGAGGGUCUCCGAUGAUGACCUCGACCCAUCCUUUACUGUCUCAACCAGCAAAGCCUCGGGCCCCCACGGCGCCUUCAAUGGGAACUGUGAAGCAAAACUCUCCGUAGUCCCUAAAGUGUCGGGCCUGGAGCGGAGCCAGGAACAGCCCCCAGGGCCCGACCCGCUGCUAGUGCCUUUCCCCCCGAAGGAACCACCGCCUCCACCGGCCCCUCGGCCUCCUGUCUCACCCCCUGCACCCCUGCCGGCCGCCCCCAGUCUGCCACCCCCACCCCAGCCCCAGCUGCAGCUUCGGGUCUCGCCCUUCGGCCUCCGCACUUCUCCCUAUGGCAGCAGCCUGGACCUCAGCACUGGCAGCUCUUCACGGCCGCCCCCCAAGGCCCCGGCCCCUCCCGUGGCUCAGCCUCCCCCCUCAUCAUCCUCUUCGUCCUCUUCCUCCUCAUCUGCCUCCUCCUCGUCCGCGCAGCUCACCCACCNCCACCCCUCCUUGUUCUCCCCUGGCCCCACUCUGCCCCCACCCCCACCCCUGCUGCAGGUGCCAGGGCACCCUGGGGCCUCAGCUGCUAACGCCCUUUCUGAGCAGGACCUGAUCGGCCAGGACCUGAACUCUCGCUACCUGAAUGCCCAGGGUGGCCCCGAGGUGGUGGGGGCAGGGGGCUCGGCCCGGCCCCUGGCCUUCCAGUUCCACCAGCACAACCACCAGCACCAGCACACCCACCAGCACACCCACCAGCACUUCACCCCUUAUCCCCCGGGCCUGCUGCCACCUCACGGCCCCCAUAUGUUUGAGAAAUAUCCAGGAAAGAUGGAAGGCCUUUUCCGGCAUAAUCCGUACUCGGCCUUCCCUCCCGCAGUGCCCGGCCUACCUCCGGGCCUCCCGCCGGCUGUCUCCUUUGGCUCCCUGCAGGGGGCCUUCCAGCCCAAGAGCACGAACCCCGAGCUGCCACCACGACUGGGGCCAGUGCCAAGCGGGCUUCCCCAAAAGGGGACACAGAUCCCCGACCAUUUCCGGCCGCCUUUGAGGAAACCAGGGAAGUGGUGUGCCAUGCACGUGCGCGUGGCUUACAUGAUCCUGAGACACCAGGAAAAGAUGAAGGGCGACUCCCACAAGCUUGACUUUCGGAACGACCUCCUGCCCUGCCUUCCGGGGCCCUAUGGGGCCCUGCCCCCUGGGCAGGAGCUCUCCCACCCGGCCGCCUCCCUCUUCACUGCGACUGGUGCCGUCCACGCUGCAGCCAACCCUUUCACGGCAGCUCCCGGGGCCCACGGACCCUUUCUGAGCCCCAGCACCCACAUUGAUCCCUUUGGGCGUCCCACAAGCUUCGCCUCCUUGGCUGCCCUCUCCAACGGGGCCUUUGGAGGCCUGGGCAGCCCUACAUUCAACUCCGGCGCCGUCUUUGCCCAGAAAGAAAGCCCAGGGGCCCCACCAGCCUUCGCCUCCCCCCCAGACCCAUGGGGCCGCCUGCACCGCAGUCCUCUGGCCUUUCCUGCCUGGGUCCGGCCCCCUGAGGCCGCGCGGACACCAGGCUCAGACAAGGAGCGGCCUGUGGAGCGGAGGGAGCCCUCGAUCACCAAGGAGGAGAAAGACAGGGACCUCCCCUUCUCCCGGCCCCAGCUCCGAGUGUCUCCCGCUACUCCCAAGGCCCGGGCUGGCGAGGAGGGGGCCAGGCCGGCCAAGGAAUCCGUGCGGGUGAAGGAGGAGCGGAAGGAGGAGGCCGCCGCUGCCGCUGCCGCCGCCGCUGCCGCCGCCGCUGCCGCUGCCGCCGCUGCUGCCGCCGCCACCACCGGGCCCCAGGGCCUUCACCUGCUGUUUGAGAGGCCCCGGCCACCCCCCUUCCUGGGCCCUAGCCCCCCAGAGCGCUGCGCUGGCUUCCUGGAGCCAACCUGGUUGGCAGGGCCCCCUCGCCUGGCCAGGCCGCCCCGCUUCUACGAGGCCGGCGAGGAGCUGACUGGACCCGGGGCCGUGGCCGCCGCCCGCCUCUACGGUCUGGAGCCCGCCCACCCCCUGCUCUACAGCCGCCUGGCGCCUCCGCCGCCGCCCACCGCGGCCCCGGGCACCCCCCACCUUCUCAGCAAGACCCCCCCGGGAGCCCUUCUGGGGGCACCACCUCCACUCGUGCCCGCCCCCCGGCCGAGUUCCCCACCUAGGGCCCCCGGCCCCGCGCGGGCUGACAGGUGAGGGGAGGGGAGGGGCGGGGGCCAAGCUCCAUCCCCCCUUUCCUUUUGACAAGGUCCUAGAGCUGAGGUUUCAAGCCAGGGCUGGAGGGCAAAGGUCAUGACCUCACCAGCCACUUCUGAGGUCGUGGAACCUGGGAGCAGAAGCCCCAACCCCCACAAGAUCAAGCGUCAGAUGGACCCUGGGGUCACUGGGAGGGUAGAGGUCACAAGCCUCUAGAGAGAGGGGUGUGUGUGUGAGUGUGUGUGUAUGUGUGUACAUGAGAGGUGAGAGUGGGGGUCAUUUCAGAGGUCAUAGCUCAUGAUCUUCUGAGGUACACCAUCGCCCCCUCUGAGGGCCCCUAGGCCCUUGGCCUGCCUCCCCAAGGGCUCACUAAGCCAGAGGCCAAAGUGCCCCCCCUCCCCUUCACCUACCACCCAAGUCCUCAUGCCCUCUCCGGGCUGGGGGAGGAGGGGCUAACGGAAGGGGGGUUCCAUGUACAUAUUUAUCUCCCCUUCCACAUAGCCCCCCAGACCUUUUGUACAUUUUUACAGGGGUGCCCCUCCCAAUAAUCCCCCUUCCUGGUUAAUUAAAUCCUCAGACUGGUGCUGUGUUCCUAGCCUCUGGCCUCUCUGUGGGGGGGAGGGGGGAUGGUAGAGGGAAGAGCUGGGAGGGGACAGGCAGGAACCCAGGGCUUAUCCCUGGGAAUAUGGAGUCAGCAGGAGACAGAGCAACAGGGGAAGGGACCUGGGUACCUAGGCUGGAAAGAAGGGCAAAUGCUUCCUGCUUGGCUGACAGCCCAGGUCCCCCCCCUACUUGUUCCUGUUACCUCUGUGUGCCACCAUCCCCAAAAGGCUCAAUCUCUAGGCUUCAGACUCCACCUCUUAGUGGCUCAGUACCCCUACCCCAUUUCCAAGUGCCCCCAGGACUCCUGGGCCCUGCCCUCCAGAACCCUGUUCCCCAGAACCCUGCCCUAGGCUGGGGGGGUGGGCAGAGAAGGUCACCAUGUACCACACACCAAAGAAGGGGGUCGGCCCGGGGGUGGGCCACACAGGCAGCUUCUUCAGCAGCCUCUCGGCGGCAGUCCCAGCCUUCCCAAAGCAGCAGGCGCCCCCAGGCUGGGGCCCAACCUAGAAGGCAGGGGUCAGUUUAACAAAAACAUAACGUUGACUUUUUUCCCCGGUGGGGCUUAUUCUGUAACAUGACUUGCGGAUAUUUAUAUAAAAAUGAGUGUUACAAUGAG